CAGCCGCUCGCGAUGCGCUCCCGACGCACAGCAACGCGCAGGAGGGCUUUCAGGUCCGUGACAGCAGCCGGAGGAGAGACACGGACAAACGUUUGAUCGUCCGCACAAUAACCUCUCUUCGUCGGCAGCGGGAGGAAGCUGUCCUCUCGGCUCUCUGCAGCAGCUGCAGUUCUCUGCCUCACGCACCGGCCCGGUUAUGUGAUGGAUGUUGGAGUCCGGGAGAGCCUUCCUUCGCCAGGAAACCGCGGUGAUGAUGAAGAGCGGGUCUCUGCCGCCAACCGAGAAGUUCGCUUUCUCCGUGCAGACGACGCUCAGGGGGAAAUAAAGGAGCCUCGCUGAGGGAUUUUAAUUAGUUCUUGGCAAAUUUCUUCCAGUUGUUGCUGUAUGUAUGAUGAGAUUUGGCUUUAAUUAUGCUUCAGCUCAGCUCUGGAUUCUACAUGUUGCCCGGCUGAUGCAGCUGCUGGAUUGGGCUCCUUUCCUUCUCGUAUUUGGAGUUAUUUUAACAUCACAUCCAGGUCAAAUGACCGUCUAAUGUCCGUAUUGAGUGUGACGAGCCUUACUGUGACAUGGAAAAAAAGGGACUCUACAGCCUCCUUUAUUACUUUAUUCUCAAUUCGCCCUUUACGAUUUGUGCAAAUGCUGCUUUUACUGAGGUCCCUAAAGAUGUGAGUGUGGGGGAGGGAGAUGAUGUGGAGAUGCCCUGCGCCUUCAAGGCUGUCAGCUCAACACCAAUGUCUUUGGAGAUCCAGUGGUGGUACCUGAAGGAGGAUGUGCCUAAAGAGCUGCCUCAUGAGCUGCAGAUCAGUGCUCCGACCAACAGAGCCAAGGUUGGUUCGAGAGAAGCCACAAAAAUUAGUACUGUGCGUGUUCAGGGCAAUGCCAUCUCUCACCGCCUCAGCCUGUCCAAGGUGAAGAAGGAAGAUGAGGGGGUGUAUGAGUGCCGCGUUUCUGAUCUGUGGGCAGAUGAGACUCAGGAAUUUACGGUUCAUGCCACGCUGCGUGUCACACCGGGUGACGGCAUGGUGGCGGAGGAGGCCGUGUCACAUAUUCAGAACCGCUGGCCACUGAGGAAUACCAACACAGCCCUGGGAGGAGGCGCAGCAGGGAGGGCCACCUCCGAGCCCGGCCAGGGGCUAACAGGAGGUCAGAGGUCAGGACAUGGGAAGCACCGGGUCCCUCAGCAGGCCCAGCCCGGCCUCCUCCCAUCCAUCUCAUCCACCACCGCCUCGGUGGCCAAGUCGUCAGCCUCACCGCUGCCAGGGAACGCAGCCAUCCUCCGGCAGCAGAACAGGGCUGAAUGCAGCAUGAUGAGCACCAUGGACCCCCUCCUCUGCAUCACGCUACUGGUCCUGCAUAAGCUCCUCUCUUUACUGUUGGCCCACUGAAGAGACUUCAACCAAAUUUAUGUUGACCUGCAAGUUCUCACUUUCUAUACCAAACAGAAACCAAAUGGCAGUCAGUGCCCACCAGGGAGAGAGGGUCACAUUUAAUUGAUGUUGCAAUACAUCACCACAGGGAAUGAAAGCAAUGCAACGCAGGAUGCAGGAGCUGGACAGGACUGGAAAAAAUGGAGGAGAAAGAAGCUUUUCAGACAUGAAAUGGAGAUGAAGCUAUGUGACUGACAGAAAAGUGUGGACAAGAGAAAUUAGCUUUUGGGUGAAUGAUGGGAGCAUCAAUACUGAUCCACAAACAGCCUGUGAAGCAUAGCCACAUGCAGGGCUGCUUCUGCUCUGCUUCAUGCACAGCCCUCCUGAAACACUCUACUCACAUUUCUUUGUAGCAUUUCCACUGUAAGUUCUGCCCAUCUAACCAUACACACCACUUCACUGUGGGCUCACUGUUCGUCUGAACAUAAACACGUGGACAAAAUUGUUGGUACCCCUCGGUUAAUGAAAGAAAAACCCACAAUGGUGACAGAAAUAAUUUGAAUCUGACAACAGUAAUAAUAAAUAAAAUUCCUAUGAAAAUUAUCCAAUGAAAAUCAGACAUUGCUUUUAAACCAUGGUUCAACAGAAAUAUUUAAAAAAAUAAACUCAUGAACCAGGCCUGGACAAAAAUGAUGGUACCCUUAACUUAAUAUUUUGUUGUAUAACAUUUUGAGGCAAUCACUGCAAUCAAACGAUUUCUGUAACUGUCAAUGAGACUUCGGCACCUCUCAGCAGGUAUUCUGGUCCACUCCUCAUGAGCAGACUGCUCCCGUUGUCUCAGGUUUGAAGGUUCCUUCUCCAGACGGCAUGUUUCAGCUCCUUCCACAGAUGUUCAAUAGGAUUUAGAUCAGGGCUCAUAGAAGACCACUUCAGAAUAGUCCAAUGUUUUCCUCUUAGCCAUUCUUGGCUGUUUUUAGCUGUGUGUUUUGGGUCAUUAUCCUGUUGCCAAACCCAUGACCUGUGACUGAGACCAAGCUUUCUGACACUGGGCAGCACAUUUCUCUCUAGAAUACCUUGAUAGUCAUGAGAUUUCAUUGUACCCUGCACAGAUUCAAGACACCCUGUACCAGAUGCAGCAAAGCAGCCCCAGAACAUAACAGAACCUCCUCCAUGUUUCACAGUAGGGACAGUGUUCUUUUCUUGAUAUGCUUCAUUUUUGCGUCUGUGAACAUAGAGCUGAUGUGCCUUGCCAAAAAGUUCCAGUUUUGUCUCGUGUGUCCAUAGGACAUUCUCCCAGAAGCUUUGUGGCUUGUCAACAUGCAGUUUGGCAAAUUCCGGUCUGUCUUUUUUAUGAUUUGUUUUCAACAAUAGUGUCCUCCUUGGUCGUCUCCCAUGAAGUCCAUUUUGGCUCAAACAACGAUGGAUGGUGCAAUCUGACACUGAUGUACCUUGACCUUGGAGUUCACCUUUAAUGUUUUUCGAUGUUGUUCUGGUGUCUUUUGUUACCAUUCAUAUUAUCCGUCUCUUCGAUUUGUCAUCAAUUUUCCUCCUGCGGCCACAUCCAGGGAGGUUGGCUACAGUCCCAUGGAUCUUAAAUUUCUGAAUAAUAUGUGCAGCUGUAGUCACAGGAACAUCAAGCUGCUUGGAGAUGGUCUUAUAGCCUUUACCUUUAACAUGCUUGUCUGUAAUUUUCUUUCUAAUCUCCUGAGACAACUCUCUCCUUCGCUUCCUCUGGUCCAUGUUUAGUGUGGUACACACCAUGUCACUAAACAGCACAGUGACUACUUGUAACCCUAUAAACAGGCCGACUGACUGAUUACAAGUUUGUAGACACCUGUGAUGCUAAUUAGAGGACACACCUUGAUUGAAUGGUCACAUUAUUUUCAGUCUUUUCUAGGGGUACCAUCAUUUUUGUCCAGGCCUGUUUCAUGAGUUUAUUUUUUAACAUAAUUUUGCUGAACCAUGGUUCAAAAGCAAUGUCUGAUUUUCAUUGGAUAAUUUUCAUAGAAUUUUUAUUUAUUAUUACUUUUGUCAGAUUCAAAUUAUUUCUGUGACUAUUGUGGGUUUUUCUUUCAUUAACCAAGGGGUACCAACAAUUUUGUCCACAUGUGUAGUAUCAUUUGUUAUAUAGAAGACAUGUGACCUCAUGUGUUUUUUUUCUUUAGGAGGGGAUGAUUUGAUGAGCAUGACCUGUCCAACGUACAGUAUGUGACAUAUUUUUCUGCAGCCAUAUCAGACCUCUUCAUAAUACAGAGCUACUGUUCGAAAAGUGUAUUAGUCUAAUGUGUUAUGUCCACCACCUCCUACAUACACAUACUUUUUUUCUCAUAGCUGUGUUCCAUAAUGUAAACAACAAAUAAGCUGAUAUAUUUUGAGUAAGAUAAGGCCCACCUUGCCAUUGUUGUUGUUAAUCACCUCCAAUAAUGUUUAUUUUUAUUAAAUUUACGGUGAUCAAAGUGACACAUUUCAUUUCUAUGAGACAAAAUGAUUUAUUAGUAACUUGCAACAGAAGUCAAGGUGAAGGUUUAUUGUUUUUGUAAUAAAAGGUAGAUUACAAAGA